AUGUCGAAAGAUUCGUGCAAAGAGCUACGGCAUCAUACUGAGUCUGAUUCGGAAACUCGCCUGCUGAAGGAGGUCAUUUUACGAGGCUGGCCGGAUCUAAAAGAAGAUGUUUCUCUGGAGCUAAAAAAGUAUUGGUGCUUUAGAGACGAGUUAGCUGUGUAUGAUGGGCUGGUAUUCAAAUCUAAUCAGGUGGUAGUGCCACUGGGAUUGAGGAAGAAAAUGUUGAAUGCAAUUCACAGCGGUCACUCUGGUAUUCAGUCCUGUAUCCGGCGAGCAAAACAGGUCGUGUUUUGGGUGAAUAUGAAUACCGAUAUCCAGAAUCUGGUUGAAGGAUGCAGCAUCUGCCAACGUCAUCAGCGCUGCAAUACGAAAAGCACAAUUGCUUCAAAGGAUGUUCCUGAGUUGCCUUUCGAAAGAGUUGCUUCGGAUUUGUUCCAUUUUCGAGGCGCAGACUACGUGGUCAUCGUAGAUAUGCACGGAAUACCAAAAAUCGUUGAAUCGGACAACGGUCCACAAUAUAGCUCCGAAAAGUUUCGCAAGUUUGCUAAUGAUUGGGGUUUCGAGCAUCUAACAUCCAGUCCGCAUUUUCCCCGUGCAAAUGGGUUAGCUGAACGGUACGUACAAGUUAGUAAGAACAUUUUGAGAAAAUGCGCAGAAGAUCAAAGCGACAUUUAUUUGGCACUCAUCCAAGCAAGAAAUACUCCACGCAGCGAGUCAAUCCCUUCGCCCAAUGAACGCUUGAUGGGAAGACUGGUUCGUUCAAACCUGCCGAUUACGAAAGAAGCCCUUCGGCCAAAAGUUUUUGACAAUGUGAGAGAAGCUAUUAUCAGUGAGAGAGAUCAGCAGAAACAAUACGCAAAUAGAAGUGCUCGUAUUCCGCCACAAUUUUGUACAGGUGAAAAAGUUCAACUCCAAGACCCUAAAUCUAAAUUGUGGUCCUAUGGUGAAGUUUUGCAGCGAUUGGAGGAUGGUCGGUCUUACAUUGUUUCGGACGGAGAAAAGACAUUGCGUCGAAACACACAUCACCUGCGCCGGUCCAACGUACACGAACCGAGUACUCAUCACAAGUCUCCGGAGUCAAACAUUGAGGGCAGCGAAAUAUUGGCAGAAUCUCAAGUGGAAGAAAGGUUACCCGCAAGCGAGCCGACUCAAGAUUGUAGAAGUCCCGGCCUCAAGAAAGUUCAACCAGAUCGGGAAGGAUGGUUAAAUCUAAUCAACAAUCAGACUUUGAAUACUACUGAAGAAGAAAGAUGUAAUGUAUGA